AGACAAGGACCAGACCAGACCAGACCAGACCAGGCCAGGACCAGAACCAGGACAGGGACCAGGACCAGGACCAGAAGCAUGGCUCUAACCAGCGACCCCAACUUCCAGAAGCUGCAGCAGUGGUACAAGGAGCAUGGAGCAGGUCUGAAGAUGAGGGACAUGUUCGAGGAGGACAAGGACAGGUUCUCCCGCUUCAGCACCACUCUGAAGACAGACGAUGGAGACAUCCUGCUGGACUACUCCAAGAACCUCAUCAACCAGGACGUCAUGGACAUGCUGCUCGCCAUGGCCAGGUCCAGGAAGGUGGAGGAGGCCAGAGAGAAGAUGUUCUCUGGAGAGAAGAUCAACUUCACCGAGGGUCGGGCCGUGCUCCACGUCGCUUUGCGUAAUCGCUCCAACGCACCGAUCAAUGUGGACGGAAAAGACGUGAUGCCCGAGGUGAACCGGGUGCUGGACAAGAUGAAGGCCUUCUGUCACAAAGUUCGCAGUGGCGAGUGGCGAGGCUUCAGUGGGAGGAGCAUCACUGACGUGGUGAACAUCGGCAUCGGAGGCUCUGACCUGGGACCUCUGAUGGUGACCGAGGCUCUGAAGCCGUACGCCAGCGCCGGACCCAACGUCUGGUUCAUCUCCAACAUCGACGGGACUCACCUGAGCAAGACCCUCAGUGCACUGAACCCAGAGACCACCCUGUUCAUCAUCGCCUCCAAGACGUUCACGACUCAGGAGACCAUCACCAACGCAGAGUCAGCCAGAGACUGGCUGCUGCAGGCGGCCACGGACAAAUCUGCUGUUGCCAAACACUUUGUGGCUCUUUCCACCAAUGCAGUCAAAGUCGGGGCGUUCGGCAUCGACACGGCGAACAUGUUUGAGUUCUGGGACUGGGUCGGAGGUCGUUACUCGCUGUGGUCGGCCAUCGGUCUGUCCAUCGCUCUGCACGUAGGAUUUGAAAACUUCGAGCAGCUUCUGGCAGGAGCUCACUGGAUGGACAACCACUUCCGCCGCACCCCCCUGGAGGACAACGUGCCCGUGCUGCUCGCCGUGCUCGGCGUCUGGUACAUCAACCUGUUCCAGGCCGAGACGCACGCCAUGCUGCCUUACGACCAGUACAUGCACCGCUUCGCCGCCUACUUCCAGCAGGGCGACAUGGAGUCCAACGGGAAGUACAUCACCAGCGACGGGAGUCGAGUGGACUACCACACGGGCCCCAUCGUGUGGGGGGAGCCGGGGACCAACGGGCAGCACGCCUUCUACCAGCUCAUCCACCAAGGUACUCGUAUGAUUCCUGCCGACUUCCUCAUUCCGGCUCAGUCUCAGCAUCCAAUCAGAGACAACCUCCACCACAAGAUCCUCGUGGCGAACUUCUUGGCUCAGACCGAAGCUCUGAUGAAAGGAAAGACCACGGAGGAGGCUCGUAACGAGCUGGAGGCCGGCGGCCUGAAGGGCGGCGCUCUGGAGCAGCUGCUGCCUCACAAAGUUUUUCAAGGAAACAAACCGAGUAACUCCAUCGUCUUCAAGAAGCUGACGCCGUUCACUCUGGGGGCGCUGGUCGCCAUGUAUGAACAUAAGAUCUUCGUCCAGGGCGUCUUGUGGGACAUCAACAGCUACGACCAGUGGGGGGUGGAGCUGGGGAAACAACUCGCCAAGCAGAUCGAGCCGGAGCUGAAGGACGACUCCGAGGUCUCGUCCCACGACUCGUCCACCAACGGCCUCAUCAACUUCCUGAAGAAGAACUUCGACUGAGUCCUGGACCCGCCCCCUUCCCCCUGUAGUCCCCUGUGAUUGGUUGGAUUCCCCCCCGAGCUGUGGAGCGAGCACUUUGUCUGUUCACGUGUUUUCACUGGAAUAGAAUUAAUCAGAUUAACAAGAUAAAAGUAACUGUUACUGUAGGUGACCCCCCCCCCCUUACUAACUAUCUCUCUCACACACUAGGGGGGGGAAUUGGCAAAAAUGUGAAGAUUCAAUAGUAUUGCGAUAUUUGGGCCACGAUUCAAUAGUAUUGCGAUUCGAUUCUGUGAUAUAAUGCGAUUCAUGUCCCCAUAUUAUUCAAAGGCAUUACAAAAAGAGGAAAAUAAGACUCACCUCACUUCAAAUGUCACAUUUAAUUCUGUGAACAACAUUGUCUUCUCCACAUUAACUGAAGUGCAAAAACUUUGUCCUUGAACAUUCAGGACACAGGACCUUUGUAAUUAUUUUCUGAAUAGGAGACCUCUCACAUGAACACUGAGCUCCCAGAACAUAACUUACGAUUAUUUAAAUACAGUAACAUAAAGCAGACAUAAUAGAGUAACAUAAACCUGAGAAUAAUCAUAUAAAUAAGAGUAACCUAGAGCUUCAAUUAAAUUGAGACAAAUAAACUAAAGUGUUCUACUAGAGUCCAGUCCAGUGCAAGGUCAUGACCCAAAAUGUUAAAUUCAUUUGGGAAUAUUGUCAUUUUUGUUCAGAAAAAGCAGUUGGUCAACAUGCUCAGAUGUUAAAGUUCCUCUGGAACGUUACUGUAUCUCCUGCAGUGGAGAACAUCCUCUCCACAGACACACGAGGUAUCUGUUAAACUCUGAAACUCUCCUCGUCAUGCGACAAUAUUUUUUAAAUAUUGCUAUACUUUGUGCUACAGUAUCGAUAUAAUCGCGGGCGCAAAAUAUCGCAAUACUGAACAGAAUCGAUUUUUUCCCCACCACUAUCACACACACACACACUCUCAAACACACACACACACACACUCACACACACACACACACACACUCCCACUCUGAACCAAAAUAAAAACCCUUUGUCUCUUA